AUGACUGUCAACGUGUGUGUGUGUGUGUGUGUGUGUGUGUGUGUGUGUGUGUGUGUGUGUGUGUGUGUGUGUGUGUGUGUGUUGUAUCGAUUGGCGAAUGCAGUGACGAUAUCGAGCUCCGUCGGCGUACCCAGUCGAUGGCAGCGCCCCCUGCGAUCCUCAAGCCAAUUGACUCUGUUUGCCAGCAAAAACGCCUCCACCACUGUGUAUGUGUGUGUGUGUGUGUUAUUUUGCUGUUCCAAAAGCCUCUCUCGCUCUCUCUCUCUCUCUCUCUCUCUCUCUCUCUCUCUCUCUCUCUCUCUCUCUCUCUCUCUCUCUCUCUCUCUCUCUCUCUCUCUCUCUCUCUCUCUCUCUCUCUGUGCGUUUGCUAUUGCCUCUGCGUCUUUUGGCGGCCCACGCUUUGCUCCCGCAAGCUCAGCUUUGCACCUGUUGCCUCCUCCCACUCCGUUCUUCCGCUCACAAGCGAGCCCUCACAGCAACAUGGCCGCCCCCGUGACGGCACAAAGUGUCGGCGCUGAACAAUUGUCCCAAAGUCCGCCAACACGCAGUCGCGCAGCAUCCAACUCAUCCACCGCCUCCCACGCCUCUUUGACCAAGGGGAACGAUGCCCCGGUCUUUGACGAGGCUGGUCACAAGCUUUUGCAUUUCUGUGACCAGGACUUUAUCGACCUCUUCAUUCGCAGUCGAGACCUUGAAGCUUGUAUUGAUGGCUGGGAAUACACCCUCACUGUGGGCGAAUGCGAUGUCUACCGCCGCAAGCGCGCCGGACAAUCCCUGUACGAGUACACUGCGGUGGGAACUUUUACUGACAUCAAUCCCAAGCUGUUCCAUGACGCCUACCUCGACAUGCGCUUCAUGGAAGAAAUCUCCCAAUUUACCUAUGACGUCGACUUUGUCUACGGAGAGCCUGGACCUGUCCAGUGCGUGACCAAGUUUCCUUUCCCACUCAGUGACCGCGACUAUGUCGUGUACCGUGAAUCUCGCUACGUGGCUCUACCCAAUGGCAGCCGAGCCUACGUGGUCAUGAUGAGCGGCGAAGACUUUGCCGAUGUACGUGUCAAGCGAGGCCGCGUGCGUGUCAAAGACACUUUGCAAUGCAUGGUCCUCGAAGAGCAGCCCGACGACCCUCUCAACCCGCGUAUGUAUGUGAGCGCGUGGGAAAACCCAGAAGGUUCUAUUCCUGCCUGGUUUGUCAAUUACGUUGGCAAAUUCGCCAUUCCCGCUUUCAUGAAGGAACUGCGCAAUGGCACUCGCCGAUAUGGCAAAUACCGAACGCAACGCAACUUACCGGCCGACGCCCCACUACCACCCCGCCUGCGCCUCGAUCCCGCAGCUGGCUACAUGCGACCCAUGCCACCCAAACCAUCGCGCGACCGCACCAGCCGAACGAGCACCAUCAACACAAGUCAGGAGCGGAUCAAGUCCGAGCCAGACGCCCAAGAGCGCAGUCGCAAGCAGGCGCACGAGUAUCCCGAGCAUGCGACUGGCCGCUUGACCCCAACUCGGCCGCCCACACGACAUCGGCGUAGUCAAUCACUACCGUCACGCCACAGUCUGAGCCUGGACCUAGACUCCGAAGCCGGGGAGGGUAGCUCGACCGGCGACGUCACGGAUGGACUGUACAACAUUCGAACUUGGAAUUAUGGUGGACCAAUCAAUGAAAUGUCGCUGCGAUACUGGCUCGGUGGCUGGCGUGGCUUUGAGGUGGAUGAGUUUGUUGAUCAAGUACCGCAGUCCACGCUGCUGCCUACGACCGUGAGUCAGGACUGCAUGGGUGCCGUCGAUGACUUUUUGUCGCAGCACCGCUCCAAUGUGCUGUACCGCAAUUUUAAAACGGCCAGCUUGAGCAAAGCUCGCGCUUUGCGCCGCUCUGUGUCCGGUGAUCACAGCGUCACCGCAUCGCCCUUGCCAACGGAAGAGUCCUCGCUUCAGCUUGCUCCAGAGAUUGAGAUGGACGACGUUGAGGCGGAUGAGGACGGCCUCAUGCUAGGCGAGUUGAGAAGUAUGCAACGCCGAACAAUGGAGGCAGCCAGUCAACUAGUUGAGCGGUGGCACGAGCGCAUGGACGGUCUGCCAUCCCCACUCACACGAUUUCGCGCAUAUCUCGCCGAGCUCUCGGGCGACGAGGCCCAAGCCAUUGAACAAACCAUUGACACGCGUGUCGUGUCCCUGUAG